AGUGCCUGUAGUAGGGAGAAUUCUCCAAAGUCCGUGAUGUGGGCAGAGCUGGUAUUUGCUAGUUUCCAACUACUGUUUCUCCCCAGAGGUUUGUAGAACAGCCACUCUUAGACUUGUCAUGGAAUUAAGGAAAACUACCUCCAGGGCGUACAAUGCUGCUCUCCUGCUGCCACUUUUCCUCUUAUUUUGGGGAGUUUCAUCCUCUGAAAAUGACAGCAGCUGUUCCUCAUCCCCCUGUGAAAAUGGUGGGAGCUGUCAGGAUUUGGAAGUGGGAUACAAGUGCACCUGCCCUGUGGAGCCUGUAGCCUACAUGGGCAUCAACUGUGAACACCUCUAUGAUGCAUGCAUUAAACAUGAGUGUACUGCCCACAGGAUGUGCAACAGCACUCCAGGAUUCCUGGAAUAUGACUGCAUCUGUAUGCCUGGCUUCACAGGUAUUGAUUGUAACGUUAAUAUUAAUGAGUGUGAGAGCAACCCUUGUACAGACCCUCGUUUUGAAUGUGUAGAUAGUGUAAAUGGAUACACCUGUAAAUGCCAAACAGGACUGAGUGGAGAAGGCUGCCAAACAGAAAGCUCUGUGUGCUCUAGCCACCCUUGCCUAAAUAACGGGACGUGUGUGGAGGGUCCUGGGGACUAUACCUGCAUCUGCCAGCCUGGCUUCACCGGGGCCAACUGCAGAGACAACAUUGAUGAGUGCACCUCCAACCCCUGCCAGAACGGAGCCAUCUGCCGAGACAGGGUCAAUGAGUAUAGCUGUUUCUGUGUGCCUGGGUUCCAAGGAUACAACUGUGAAAUAGACAUCAACGAGUGUGCGUCCCGGCCCUGUAGAAACAAUGGCACCUGCCUCAAUGAGAUGGAUCACUAUGUGUGCAAGUGCAUCCCUGGCUACACAGGUGUGAACUGUGAUGCUGAAAUCAAUGAAUGUGAUUCAGACCCUUGCCAGAAUGGGGGCCUGUGCCAUGAUCACGUUGGAUUCUACACCUGUACCUGUGCCCCAGGUUACCAAGGAAUGCAGUGUGAGGUGGACAUCGAUGAAUGUGUGAGCCAGCCAUGCCUACACAAUGGGACAUGUCAUGACCUCAUUAACAGCUAUCAUUGUGACUGCAGUGACACAGGCUUCCAGGGGGACCACUGUGAGUUGGAUAUCCUGGAGUGCGCCUCUGAACCCUGUCUGAACAGUGCAACAUGUGUGGAGGGAAUCAAGAACUACAGCUGUGUCUGCUGGCCAGGUUACACAGGGCAGCACUGUGAAGAGGAUGUGGAUGAGUGUGCAGCAUCUCCCUGUCACAACGGAGGUGUAUGCUUUGAGAGAUCCAACCAAGCCUAUUAUGGAACACAACCCGAGUUCCCCAGUGAUUUCAGCUAUAGCCAAGCAGCUGGUUUCCUCUGUUGGUGCCAGCCAGGCUUUGCAGGGGAGACCUGCUUUACCAACAUUGAUGAGUGCGAGUCCCAGCCCUGCCAGAAUGGAGGGCUCUGCAUGGACCUUACUAAUGGCUUCCUUUGUAGUUGCCUACCAGGUUAUUCAGGUGUGGAAUGUGCUGUUAACAUCAAUGAGUGUGAGGAGGGUCCCUGCAAGAAUGGAGCUGUCUGUGAGGAUGGCAUUGCUGACUAUACCUGCCACUGUGCCCCUAGCCAGGAUGGCAUUAUAUGGGGAGGGAAGAACUGCUCUGUCAAGCUCACUGGGUGCCAGACGCAUGACUGCCAAAAUGAGGCCUUGUGCAUCCCAACCUACCAAGCUGAGAGUCACGGCCACCUGUGCCAGUGCCAGCCUGGUUUCUAUGAUGCCACAUGCUCAACACCAACAACGUUUUCCUUUGCUUCCAGAGGGUAUCUCCUCAUUGAGCUGCCCGUGAACAAUCAGAGCAGGAGGGACGUAGCAGGAGAUCAGCUUGCCAGCGUGUCCCUCCGCUUCCGAACCACCUUGCCCAGCGCUAUCCUAUUUUACCGAGGCCAUGAAGCUGAAUACUUGUUCCUGGAGCUCUAUGAUGGCAUUCUGCAUGCAGGACUGAAGAAGGAGGAUAUUGGGUACCUGCUGCUCCUGGAGAGGCUGAGAGUUGAUGAUGGCCAGUGGCAUAAAGUUGAAGUUGUUCUGCACACCACUAUGGAACUAAAGCUCUGGCAUGACUCUUGCGAUGCAGGAGUCUGCCUGAAGAGCUCUCCUGUCCCUCAUGGCACUGCUUUGGUCCCACAUACCUUCCUGAACAUGUAUGUUGGAGGUGCUGAGGAUCCAAUGGCCAACAACACACAUAGCCAGCAAGGCUUUGUUGGCUGCAUGGAAGACUUGCAGGUAGACACUGAAGCUGUGCUCCCGGCGGAUCUGCCUGCAGGCGAGUCCUCCCCGGUGAAGCGGGGCUGUGACCGGACCGAGUGGUGCCUCUCCCAGCCCUGCUUCCAUGGAGGGCUGUGUGUGGAUCUUUGGUCAACCUUCAGGUGUGACUGUUCCAGGCCUUAUGGAGGCCCAGCUUGCUCAUAUGAGCGCCCAGCAGCAACAUUUGGCCUAGAAAAUUCCACCAGCUUUGCCUCUUUCACCCUCUCUGACAACCUUGGUGCAAACUUCAACAUCUCCUUUUUCAUUCGGACUCGGAAACCUCAUGGUUUGCUAUUGCAGAUCAGCAAUGAAACUGCCUCCUGCCUCACCAUGUACUUGAGGAAUGGCAGGCUGCAGAUACAGGUGUUGUCUGCAGAUACUGUGACUUUUCCAGAAGAUCUGGUUGAUGGGAGAAGACAUUUGGUAGCUCUGUCUUUCCAAGGAGGAAUUGUUGGUGCUCACCAAUCGGACACGUAUGUGGAGUUGGGACAGCUCAUAGCAAGACCACUUCUAGGUGGUUAUGAAGUGUAUAUAGGUGGGCAUCCUAACCCAGACAGUGCAGAUAUGUGGGGAGGUUAUUUUAAAGGCUGUUUGCAAGACCUCCAGCUGAACAGCCACCAGAUACAGCUUCUUCAAGUUGAGAACUACGGUUUGCCCCAGGAACUCAAUAGGACUCAAAGUGGUAAUCUGGUGAAUGGUUGCAUCUCUGAUAACACCUGCAAGUCUGAACCAUGUCAGAAUGGGGGCACGUGCACUGUCACGUGGAAUGACUUCCACUGCAGCUGCCCAGCAAAUUUCACUGGGAAAUUUUGUGAAGAGAGAGUCUGGUGUGAAAGUGACCCGUGUCCUGAAGCUACCACCUGUAUAGAUGUUCCAGCAGGAUAUGUGUGUCUGUCAAAUGCAACAUUUGAUAGUUACGCUCCUAUUGAAUUUACCACCAAUGCAUCAGUGACUAGAACUCUGAGCAGCCUCCACAUGGACUUCAGAACCAGGGAUGAAGAUGCUGUUUUGCUUCGGGCUGUGGAAGAAGUGGAUUCCCUCCACAUAGCCAUUAAGAACUCCUCCCUGCUUGUUGACAUCAGGAGUGGGAAUAGCAUCGAAGGUGUCAGCUUCCUGAGUCAGAAGCCCGUCACGGACGGUGCCUGGCACACCAUCUCUGUGUCCAUGGAAGAGCCAUCUGCCCUUUCUUCCAGAUGGCUCGUUCAUUUGGAUGACUCUGUUAAUAUGACUUUGCAGGGAACUGCUGGGAACUUGGACUUCCUGAAGAACAACGUGCUCGUUGUUGUAGCUGAAAACUUCACUGGCUGCCUCGGACAAGUGAGGAUCGGGGGGAUCUACCUGCCCUUCACUGCCCAUCUCUCGUACCCUCAGGCAGAGCAGUUCCAGCAGUCCAGCAGAAGGACCAUCCAGCUGGGCUGCACCGGGGCUGAUGUUUGUGCUUCCAGCCCUUGCCUCAAUGCUGGUACCUGCGAGGACUUGUUCAAUUCCUUCAGCUGCGCCUGCAGCGCUGGCUGGGGGGGGCUGCUCUGUGAGGCUGACAUUGAUGACUGCCAGUCCAGCCCCUGUGUGCACGGGGACUGUGUCGAUGCAGUAGCAGAUUUCCAAUGUCAGUGCUUCCGGGGGUUCAUUGGGAAGAGGUGUGACAUCAACGUGGAUGACUGCGUGCGGCACCAGUGCCUGAAUGGGGCUACCUGCAUCGACGGGGUUUAUGGCUACUCCUGCAAGUGCCCUCCUCACUAUUCGGGACCUCGCUGCGAAUGGCCGUUCCCACCUGAGCAAUGUGGGAAGAACUUCACCUGCCUGAAUGGUGGCAAGUGCAUCAGUGAGAGCUGGGGAGCCAACUGCACCUGCAAGCCAGGCUUCACUGGGAGGAAUUGUCAAAUUAAUGUAAACAAGUGUGAUCCAAACCCUUGCCAGAACGGGGGCACGUGUCAGGACUCUGAGAACAAAUACGAGUGUCUGUGCAGCGCCAGCUACACUGGAGAGCGCUGCGACAUCAACCAGCCGGUGUGGGCCCAUCUUAGCAACUCCUCCGUGGUGGGAGCAGUUGGGGUUGCAGGCGCUGCCCUGCUCUUGGCAGUGGUUGCAGCCACAGCGAUUGUCCUGAAGAGGAGGAGAGCAACUCAGGGAACGUACAGCCCGAGCCGGCAAGAAAAAGAUGGGGCUCGAGUGGAAAUGUGGAACGUCAUCAAGAUGCCCCCAACCGAGCGGCUGAUAUGA